AAAAGCUCAAUGUACAGCUGGUGUGGCUAAACGCAGUGCUAAUGUAACGGGGAAAGCUAUCAGCGGGGAGGCCGCAUAUGCGAAUGUCAGGAUUCGAGAAACUUGACCCUCGAUAUCUGGGGGGAGUUCCGCCCUUGAGAUUGUGUCAACUCUGUUCGAACGCAGGAAAAGGUUCCACGGACAUGACAGCAACCGCAGACAGCGUCAGUGCAGGCGGACCGACGUUGGACAUGCACAGGACAUAGGAAAGCAUGGGGUCAUCGCCCUGCAGAGAUGAGGGAAGAAGCAGGCCAGGUUUCGGGAAGACUAACGAGAAGAUGCGGCCACUUCUGGCGAAUGAUGUGGAUGAAGCUGAUAGAUAUUGCCGGCGCGAAGAGGAAUCUGUGUAGGAAAAGCAUCGACAGAUGUGUAGCCUUGACAUGGGAGCCCUUCUUCGAGUGCAGAUUGGCCCCCACUGCUCGCGUGAGAGGGAUGAAGAACGCUACAGGGUAGAUCUCACAUAUCAGCAUUUGCAAUGCACUAAACAGCUUCCCCACUGCGUUGAUGCUUUCGGACAGGCUACCUGAUAUCAGACAUGUCGCGGUGUUAUGCUUACCAGUGCACUCACGGAGAGAGUAAACCGGAUCCAAAAAGAGCCGUGUUGAACCAAGGUAUCAGCCCAAAGAAGACCGCACUAAUGCCGCCCAGCAGAGGGGGGUUGAGAACACUCAAGAACCGCCUUCGUGCCACUUCUAUGGAAAGCCGCGAUCUCGAGAAUUCGCCAGAGAGCUCUUCGUCCGGGAGUGCAAUGUGUCCAACUUCCUCGUUACUAGUCCGUGCUUUCAUGAGAUCUGAUUGGGACAAUGUCAGGCGGCGAUUAUGCAGAUUGGAACUGCAGUCUCACAAGGACCGAUGGCGAAUCGCAUCAGAUUGCCGACCAGAGCGUUGAUGAGAAUGUACACUCGCCCUAGCCUCAUGAGAGUCUCCAGCGGUCUGUCGGGUGUGACAAGCGGAUCCAAAGCACCAGUAGCACCCAAGGCGUUGAUCAAGAGCAGAGGCAGCGAGGUGACCUAGGUAUAUUUCAGUUUCUGGAUGGACCCUUGCGAGCUUGCGAACGUUGUUAAAUAUGAACAUGGGAACGCUUGGGCCUGUUAGCACGCUGGAAUAAAAGACCAGCACGACUAACUAGUGCUGAGGCAUUCCGGCGGAGCAAGAUAUCAUUGCAAAAGCAAAGGAUAUUCCUUGGAAGAGAAUCGAAAAGGGAAUGAUUGGCCAGUCUGGAAUUGCAAGUAAGCAUAGACUGACGUCACACCGGCCCACCACCUACAAUUCCUCAGGUUGUUCCACGUCGCCAGAGGACCGAUUUCGUCAACUUCUGCGUUGCCGCAAGCAGGAGAGUGGUUGUACGCUCUCGCUCUCCGACGUGAUGAAGCCAAACUUGCGAAGAAGAUAGCCAUAGACAAGGACGAGGAGGACGGAAAACGCUGCCUUCGACGAAGAAAAGAGACCUUCCAGUAGUUGGGAGCUCAUCACAUCAAUGGAGAGGGAGAACUUGGAAGACGCUUGCGGUAGUAGUGCGGAGCGACCUAUAUACGGAACAACCUGAGCCUAAAGCCGCAACUGCUACAAAUCGAUUCCUCACUCCAACUCGAAGCUCGCUCAGAGCUCGCCCACUCGAGUGUUUAGUGCUAUCAGCGCGAGAGGUUCCGCUCUGUCAUCCAAAAGAUCGUUCCUACCAGAGUCCGAGGUGUGCGGAUUCUGCGGAAGCGUCUAUGUACAUGGAAUUUGGGGUGUUGACACGAUCUCUGCCAUGUCAGGGCUCUGGAUUCUCGCAGUUCUGAAUCGUUCUCUUCUGUCACGUUGGAAAGAAGACAGCAAGAACGUAGCACAAAGUUGGCAAGGGAGGAGACCGUCCCCAGUGCUGGGACUUGUUCAUAAGACGGUAGCGAUGCUUGAGUGUGCAAACAAGAUCGAGUGAUAGUAAAUUAUGCGUGGAGCAUCUCUGAGCAGCUCCUCGAAGACUCCUAGGCUGCACUGGAGCGGUCUUGGCCAAGAAAUGCCUCGGGCAACAGACUGUUGGGGCCGAACCCCAGUGCGGAGUUUGCCGAUCGAAUAAGAGAAACUGAUUGACGCGUUACUUUGCGUUGUCUCCCCUCCACCUUCUUUUUGCGCGAGUGCACCUUCACCGGUUCCACUCGCUCUUACCUUGGACGGCGGCACUCCUUUUCGCUUCCAACCAUGUCGACCGUAAAACAGGAGCAGGGCGUAUAUGUCGUACCCGACAUCACCAUUAAAGAGCUGCUUGCGGCCAUUCCUGCUCAUUGCUUCAAGCGAUCUGCUUUGAAGUCGUCCAUGUACAUGUUCUGGAAUAUGAUUGUCAUAGCUGGAAUCUAUAAAGCGACGGAAUAUGCGGAUACUUUGAUCAACCCCCAGACGUUGUCUCUGCCCUAUCCCGCCCUCUAUCCUUUCGCCCGAUUCUCUCUCUGGGCCCUGUACAGCUUUUGGACGGGACUGUUCGCUACCGGGCUAUGGGUCGUCGCCCAUGAAGCAGGUCACCAGGCCUUUUCGGAAUCGAAGGCCAUCAAUAACACUGUCGGUUGGAUCCUGCACUCCGCGCUCGGUGUCCCGUACCACUCGUGGCGUGUCAGCCAUGCCAAGCACCAUGCAUCCACCGGACAUAUGACACAGGAUCAAGUUUUCGUCCCGUCGACGCGGUCUGAGCUUGGCCUGAAGCCUCUCGACCCCACGAAGGAAGACGCCCUCGGCUCCUCGGUGACUGAGGAGGUCAAGAAGGAAAUGUGGGAGGCUCUUGGAGACUCACCCCUCGGCGCUACCCUGGGUUUCAUGUCUUUCCUGAUCGCCGGAUGGCCUUUGUACCUGAUGACCAAUGCCUCUGGCCAGCGCCGUUACCCUCCUGGAACCAACCACUUUUCACCCAAAUCCAUCAUCUACUCUGCGCACCACUACUGGCAGAUUGUUGUGUCUGACAUUGGUAUCUUCGCGUGGCUGACUGCGAUCGCGUUUGCUGUUCGAGCCUACGGCCCUGCUACGGUCUUCCGUGUUUACGGUGCUCCUUACCUCUGGGUCAACCACUGGCUUGUUCUUAUCACCUUCCUGCAACACACCGAUCCUCUUCUGCCCCACUACCGGGCCGGAGAGUUCACUUUCACCCGCGGGGCACUGGCAACUCUGGACCGCAACCUCCUCGGAGAUCUCGGCAGUGUCAUGGGAUGGAUAGGCGCUCACGCGACUAUGGGCAUCUCUGAGACUCACAUCGCGCACCACCUUUCCAGCAAGAUUCCGCACUACAACGCCUGGGAAGCCAGUGCUGCUCUGCGCAAGGUCCUGCCCCCCGGUCUCGUCCUGGACGGUCCCCCUGGUGGGUGGGCCGAGAUGUAUCGCGUUUACAAAGAAUGCAAGUUCGUGGAGGACGAAGGCGAUGUGGUCUUCUUCAAGAAUGCGUACGGAUUGGCCAAGAUGCGUCCGGUUUUCAGCGAAAGCUCUGCAAGCGACUCUGGUGUUGAGAUCGAGAAGUAGAGGGAUCUCGUGUCGUAGUCUGUAAGCUGCCUGUUUUGAUAGACGACUGUCUGUUGCUCUCCUAGAAUGAUCCCAUGACAUGACACGUGCUGAAAUCAAAUCUUGACUACCCCGCACAUACCCCACAGACCGUGAUGCAUGUGAAUAUGGGAUAGCAUACACAUACACAUGUGCAGAAGCCAAGGAACUGCACCCCCCCUGCGACCCAUAUGUUUGCUCCUGGAGUUCUGUUUCUCGCCCAGCGCGGUGUCCGGCUUGCGGUGCCGUUUGUGUUGCUCGCGGUGCUCCGACGAGUGCCUGGCCUCGAUGUCGCGUUGUCGCACUGGACCUGGCUCGUCCUGGCCGCUGCGAGUGUGCCGCUCUACGGCGUCUGCUGCCUGGCUCUCCGCAACCAUCGCCACCGACGCGAAGCCGAAGCGGCGGGCGCGCGUCUCGCUCCCACGUCCGACGUUGGCAAGCUGCCAGGUAAUCUGGACCUCCUGAUCCGCAUGCAGAAGAUCUGGCAGCACGGAUAUCCGGGGGACGGGCUCAGCGAUGUCCUUGAUGAGACCGGGCCUGUUGUCAAUCUCAAUCCCAUGUUCGAGAACAUCGUCCUCACGACGUGCCCGGAGCACGUGAAAGAGAUCCUCGCGACGAAUUUCACGGGCUUUGUCAAGGGAGAACGCUUCCAGCUGGGGAUGAGCUCCGUGCUCGGGACCGGAGUGUUCAAUUCCGAUGGCGAGAUGUGGAAGUUUCACAGGGCGAUGACACGGCCGUUCUUCAGUCGGGACCGAAUCAGCCACUUCGAGAUCUUUGACCGGCACGCCGAAGCAGUCAUCUUUCGAAUCAAGCAGCGCAACCGCACCGGAUAUGCUAUCGACUUCCAGGAUCUCAUUGGCCGCUUUACUAUGGACUCGGCGACCGAUUUCUUGUUCGGAUCCAGCCUGCACAGCUUGGACGCGAAUCUGUCGUUCCCGCACAAUGCGAUCUUCACGAGACCCGUGUCCGAGUCUGCCAACGCGCAACAGGCGAUGCAGUUCUCGUCCGCUUUCAACGCGUCCAUGCUCCACAUCUCGAACAGGGCUCGGGUCGGCUGGGUCUGGCCGCUGCUGGAGAUGUUUCGCGAUAGAACGACGGAUCCGAUGAAACUCGUCAGCGCCUAUAUCGACCCGAUCAUUCACCAGGCUGUUCAGCGGAAGCAGCUGUCAACAUCCCUUACGCACGAGACAAAGAAUCAAGAAGCUCUCUUUGAAGGCAGGACUCUUUUGGAUGAAUUGUUGGACAUGACUUCGGACUUCAAGGUGCUCAAGGAUGAAACACUGAACAUUCUACUCGCUGGAAAGGAUACGACACAGUGGACCUUGACUGUGGCAGUGUAUUUCCUGGCAACGCAUCCCGAGGUGAAUGCGCGGCUCCGGGACGAGAUCCUCGAGCAGGUGGGACCCAGCCGCCGGCCCACCUACGACGACAUCAAAGACAUGAAAUUCCUGCGCGCUGUCUUGAAUGAAACGAUGCGGCUCUAUCCAUCCGUUCCAUUCAAUGUCAGGGAAUCCGUCAACGCGACCGUCUGGCCAUCUCCCGAUCCCAACGAGAAACCGAUUUACAUCCCGGCUGGGACGCAAACGCCCUACUCCGUGUUGCUCAUGCACCGGCGCAAAGACCUGUGGGGCCCCGACGCUGAAGAAUUCGACCCGGAUCGGUUCUUGGACCACCGCCUGCAGAAAUAUCUACUGAAGAAUUCGUUUCAGUUCCUGCCUUUCAACGCCGGGCCCCGCAUCUGUCUUGGACAGCAGUUCGCGUAUAACGAGAUGUCAUUCAUCCUCAUCCGGCUCCUGCAAAAUUUCUCCUCCUUUUCGCUCGACCAGGAGGCGUUCCCUCCGGAAUCCCGUCCGCCGGCCGAGUGGGCUGCUUUCCCGGGCCGCAAGGGAAUCGAGCUGUUCAAGCCGCGCAUGCAUCUCACUAUGUACUCCGAGGGUGGAAUGUGGCUCAAGGCCACCGAGGCACAGUGAAGCUAUGUACAUCUACUGUACAUAUUGUACUCCAAUGCAAACGAACUUGUAUUUGUGAUUAUGUUACGCAAAGGAAAGU